AUGGAGGGCGACCCACCUUCUCUGCCCCCGCAGAUGUUCACGACUUCCGCUCAGUUACUCGAUCUCACCGAUAAAAAACUCCUGGUCGCACUCCGUGAUGGGAGAAAGUUGAUUGGUGUUUUAAGGUCCUGGGAUCAGCAAACCUUGUCUUGCAGAGUACCAUCGAGCGCUUAUACGUCGGGGAUGCGUACUAAUGUGCUGUUACUUGGGGAGAUUGACCUAGAUAGAGAAGACGACAUACCCUUCCGUCGCGCCUCUGUUGAGGAGGUAUUCGCUGCACAGAGGGCUAUAGACACUGAAAAGAAGAGAACGGAUAAAGUUCAUAGGAAGAAAUUGCGUGCGCUCGGGUUUGAGGAUGAGGGAGAGGUGCUUGUUUAGGCGGUUGUGAUGACAGAGAUGUCAAUGGGAGGUUGAAAGGAUGGAUGGAUGGGAUGGAAAGGCCUUGCUAUAUUUAAUCCAAGGCGGAGAGAUACCUGCCUCCCGUUAUUUUUUAGUUGGAGAGCAGGAAUUUAGUUAGUCGGUC